AGAAGUCAGGUUAGUAUAAUUUUAUUUGCGAAGUGAUACACUACGUUGAAGCUAAACCGUUGCAAAUAUUGUGAAGGUUAUUGUUAUAAAUAAUAUAUUGUUGAAUACUAGAGACCAGAAAAAUGUCUGAAAGUCAUUUCGACGAAUACGAACACUACAAUUUCGAAUAUGACAAACAUUUAUACAGUGGUAAUAGCGGUAAACAAAGGUCCAAGAGAGAAGUCAGCGAACAUACCAAUCAUUUCGAUCCCUCAGGCCAUUCUAGAAAAAUCGCUAUCAAACUUAUGAACGCUGAAUCGAAUAAGAAGAAACAAACUGCGUGAUGAAAGUGAGAAAAUGGCUUAACGGAUGAACUUUAUGAUGAAGGGGAAAGCGAUUUCGAAUCAAUAUUGUACUGGUUUUUUAUGAUAAAAAAUAAUUACUAAUGGAAAUAAAUAUUGUAUUACUUA